AUGGAUACAAUUGACGACGAAGAGGCUCGCAAACUUGCUGCCGAGUGGCUGACUUCUAUAAAGGCAAGCGUUGGUUUACCUGCCUCGGUUACAACGGAUUUAGGCCAGGGAUCUUCACAGGCCGAGUCCAAGCAGGUGCGAGGAAAUUAUGAUGUAAGCAACGAAAAUGGCAACAAUAGAGGGUCUACCAGUGCUUAUCCAACCAGCACACAUUAUGCAGCACAUAGACCAACGUUUGCAUGGAAUAGCUCGAGUAAAAAGCCAAUUAGCAAAGAUCAAAACUCCAAAGAUUUAAGCUUAAAAGCAACUGGUCGUCAUGAGACUGACAGGGUGAAAUCCUCGGGGAUGAAGAAUGAUUGUUCUGUGUCAAAGAAGGAAGUUUUCCCAAUCAUGCUAACUACAGGUCAUACAGAAGAUGUAACAACGAAUGAUCUUUUUGAUCUUUGGGAUUUUGAUGGUGAACAAAGAGAGAAAGCUAAGAGUUACCUUCACACAGGUGUCUCAGACCCUAUAGGAAAUGUGAAUGUUUGUAUCUCAGAGAAAGAAAAUAUACCGGCUCAUAAUAUCAAAACAAAAACAUUGGCUGCCUCCCAUGAUUCAACCAAUGGUGUUUACAGUGAAUCUCCUGUAUUCAGGUUUGAUGAAGGACUUAUGGCAAAUGGCAGUGAAGAAGUGAAAACACAACAAAGCCAGUCAAAAGUGAUAAGCCAUAAGUUUAACUAUAAACUUUGUACAAGUUGUGGUCAAAAGAAUGAGGUUGAAGCCAAUUGGUGUGACGAAUGUGGGAAAGCAAUUAUUUCAUCUACAGUAACAAAUGUGCAGGAUAAAGAAGCUGCAGCUGAUGUGAUCAGUAAAAAAAGUGGUGCUCUACCAAUUAACAAAGUUCUUACAUCAAAGUUGAAUCCAAAUUGUGCAGAAUUUGUUUCAGCUUAUUCUAAUAGGAAUAAAACAAUACCAUUUUCACCGAUUUCAAGCCGUUCUGGUGAGUUUUCUAAUGGAAAUCUGCCAAGAUCAGCACCUCUUGAAAGUUUUCUGAUGAACUCCCAUGAUCGAAAGCAAAAAGCAAAACCUCUUUCUAUAAAACAACAAAAGUUUUCAAAUACUUAUGGACAAGAAUGCAAGCAAUCUAGGCCUUCAAGCUUUACUGAUGGCUAUAAGUAUGGACCAAAGAAAAAUAGAAACUCAGCGGAUUUAGAAAAAAGGAGGUAUAAUAGAGAAAGAGGCUCUUCUUUCAACAGUGAUGUCUCUAACCAGAGUCCACAAAGUUCAGAAAAUGGCUCUUUUAAAGGUGUUUAUGAUAGCAGGGCAUUUUACCAGCAUAAUGGAAGCAGUGGAAACAUGCUUUUGUAUGGCAGUCCAAAUUCAGUGAGCAACUUUUAUGACUGCCAUGGCAAUCCCAUUUCUUCUCAUACCCCAACAGUGGAUCAGAACCCCAUUCUACAUGAUUUUAUGAAUCCACAACUUUUUUGUCAACCCCUCGAUCUCAGAGCAACAGGUCCCACAAUGACAACUGCCAAUGUAACCUCAAGUUCAAUGUCUUCACAAAGAUUGAACAUUUCUAGAAGUAAUCAGUCAUAUAACUUUGAUGCCCCCAUUUUAGAUGGUCCACAGGGUUCUUCGCCAUUUGAUGGUGCAGAGUUUUCAAAGGUAUUUGUUCAAUCAACUUUGCAACAACAAGUUGAAAAUACCUAUGGGAACUGGAACAUGCCUCAGAAUAUAAACUGGACUGAUCAGCAACAAUUCUAUCAGCCACAGUAUUGUUAUAAUUUCCCAAUUGACUCAAAUAAUGAUCUGUAUCAAAGGGUUUAUAGAAAGAAACGAGUGGUCAACAGUAGCAUUGAGUCACCAAGAACACCAAAAACUUUUUUGAGAAAAUAUAAAGAUGCCAAAGAGAAGCUUGAAGAAAACCGUACUCAGAAACAAACAACAGUAAAGGCUACAUUGUCUGACAAUUUCCGUGCUUGCAGUAACCCACAGACUUCACAAGCAGAUUCAAGCAAAAUGUCACCUGUCCACAUACCUACUCUGAAGCUAGAAGACCUUGACAACUAUGACCAAAUCCUUACACUGAUUAGGACUUCAAGGGAUGAAUUGCUACCAUAUCUCUGUCUACCAGAAGAAAUAUUGCUGUACAUUUUCUCAUUCUUGUCCAAAUCAGAUCUUUGUAAAUGUGCACGUGUCUGCAAACAGUUUAACAGGAUAUCACUGGAUGAAACCCUCUGGAAAGAAAUUUUUAUCAAGAAGAAUAACGAUAUCAGUGAUGAAAUAUUGCAACACAUUUCAAAAAAGUGCCCAGUUUCUUUGACAAUAACUCAAUGCCACAGUAACAAGGUCACAGAGAAUGGAUUACGGGAUCUUUUUCGAACAUGUGGUGAUGGUCUUCAGGACCUCGAUUUUAGUGCAUGCAGUGGCAAAGCAUUGGUUGGCGAACUUAUCUUGCUGCAUGUUUCAUCAAGAUGCAAGAAUUUACGCUCACUUGAUAUUAGCUGGUCAAAUGUAUCUGACAUUGGUAUUCAAGCGGUUUCUGAGGCAGUGGAUAGAUUGGAAUGUAUCUGCAUGAACGGGUGUCAGUAUGUCACUGAUGAGGCUGUGAGAUCAAUUGCAAUUAGACACAAAGAAAGUAUUCGAGUUGUCGAGAUGUUUGGCUGCUUCAACAUCAGCAAUGUUUCAUUAACGAUAUUACAAGAGUAUUGUCCACUAAUAGAAACCUUCAACAUUGGACAAUGUCACAAGGUAUCUGACGCUGCUUUGGCAGGGUUUGCGAAGAAAGCAAAAAGACUUGAAAAUGUUGACCUAAGAGGCUGUAAACAGAUCAGAGACACGUCUAUGAAAGUCAUAGCAGAAAGCUGUCCGAAUCUGUCCACUCUGGUUGUUGCCAACUGUCACAUGGUGACAGAUGCAUCGCUAAUUGCUAUUGCCUCCAGUCUGAAGAAUAUCAGAUGUAUUGAUGUGUGCGGAUGUACGAAAAUCGCUGACCGUGGUAUCCAAGCUCUUGCUAAAUCAUGCAGUAAACUGCAGAUGAUCGAUUUCAGUUCCACAAAGACAAGUGACAGAGCUGUUGUAUCGUUGGCCAAUUAUUGCUGCCAAACUUUGAAGGCCGUUAAAAUGAGUUUCUGCAAAAGCAUCACAGAAGGAUCGGUUGAGCAUCUGGCCAAAAAGUGUCGCAAAUUGACGCUGCUUCAUUUGUAUGGCUGCAAAAGAAUAAAGAACCUGCCAAGGAUUCUAGACUGCAAUAGAGGACUUGUGAUUGAAUCUUGAUUUUGGAUCAGUUAUUGAUUUUGGAUCUGAUUCAUGCUUGAAUGAAGCAGCAGCCGCAAUGUAAUUGCUUGCAGAUUGAAAUACAUCUCUGUCAGAUAGACACAGAAUGAACAUUCCUGUAGAACCUUAGCAAAUAGAGCCUUGCAGCCUUUCCGAGAACACAACAAGUGUUUUAAUAAGAUUUAUUAAUUCUUUCGCCAUCUUACGUUUGGAUGAACCUCUCUCGAGGGUGCUCUGCAAGGUAGCACCGUUAAAAUGAAGAAAGUCAGUUGGCAGUGUCUACCUCAAUGAAAAAAAACCAGAUAAACAGUAGAAUCAAAUACUACGCUGUAUAAUUUUACUUACUUCUUUUUACAUUUUUUUAAAUCGCCUACUUAUAAAUCACUAUCCCAAAAAUAAUUUUUAAAUAAACUAUAUGAAAUGGGCUUAUUACCGGCUUGCAUGAUUUAGAAAUGAAUUCUUGAAACUUUCAGUGGUUUGUCCUGCUGUUAUGAACUUAAGGGAAAUUAAAACAACUUAUGUAUGAAUUUUAAGUUAACUAGGAAGAAAAUUUUAAUCACUGUUUAUAAUUCGGUAAAAUUUCACACUGGUUCUUCAAACGUCGAGGGUCGUAUAAGAACAACACUUCCAUAGGAGGGAGCAGCAACCUUGAUUUAUUUGCGUUUUAAUGAGUCCAAUGUGCGCUCUUAGCACCCCCCUUCCUUGCCAUUUCAAGCAGCGAUGAUGGGUUAUUUUAUUUUGAAAAGUUUUAUUUGGAUACGCACAGGGACGCAGAAAAAUUGGAGUGUGUGGGAGGGGCAAUCGCCCCUUGCUCUCAGUAAGAUAAUUUCUUUCAUAUUCUUUUGUUUUACCGCUUACCCAAACUCCUUUGAUUCUGCUCCCUUUUCCCUAAAGAGUUUCUUGCCUUCCAGCAUAUGACAGUCACGUGCACAACAGCGCCUCUCCAAGCCCUAGGAAACAAUACCUUGCUUUUUAGUUUCAUUUAUGUACAUAUAGAAGCACUGGGAAACACCCCAGUUCUUAGCUAGUAUUAAAAUUUGAUGCUUUUUGCCAUCAAUUCGUCGUUGGUUGGUAUUUUUUGUAGAUGUAUUAAUUUACUGGCCUUGUAAAGGUAUUUGCGCUAUAUGAUGGAACCAAUAUAACAUUCACGCCCUGAAUAAGCUCUGUUACAUGAAAACGCCUUCAACCACCUUUUGAUAAACACGUUGUGUGGCCCACUACGUUAAUAUGUUUUUUUGUCGAACUUUAAGUGGUUAUUUCUUCAUGAAUUUAACGAUCAGAAAGUAUCUAUUUAAUAACACUCUUCAAUAUCUGGCAUAGCGAACCUUAUGAUGGUACCCUGGCUUGCAUUGCCCCUUUUGUCAAGCAGGGUCUUUUUUGAAACCCCAGAUAACCGCUUGUAUUCUCCAGUAUAAACUUCACUACUCCUUUCGUUGUUUUUACAUUGUCGUUCGCAAUGUAUUUUUACUCAAUCAGUCACGUUUGGCAAUAUCAAUAACGAUUUAUUAGCUUUUCUAGAUUCCAAUCCUUAUUGUUCUCUUUCUUUAUUAGCUAGACCCUGUAAAUAUUGAUGUUUCUAAGAGUUUUAAAUGGAUCCAAAUAUGAUGAAAAUUUAUUUAGAUGAUUUAGCAAGGUCAGGUUUCGACUGAAUGCUCAUUGACUACAACAGUGCUUUGUUAGGACAGCCAGUUCUAGCAUCACCACAACGGAUAUACAAUUAACCUUGGACUAUCUGACAAGAUGGGUGCUAAAGUAAGAUCUAACGAUCGAUCGAGACAUAAAUGGUUUCAAAGUUUCCCUAUUUCAUUGCCUUUGAGCUGAUUUCACUUUCUUUCUAUAAAAUGUUCCAAGCAGCUAACAAAAACGUAACGCGAUUAAUAUUCUCCCACAACCACAACCCCUUCCAAAUCAGAUAUUGAUAUGGGGAAGAAAAUUUGUCCCCAAUAAACACGCCCCCAAUUGGUCGCUAUUUGUCCCCAAUAGACACGCCCCUAAUUGGUCGCCAAUUCCUCAAUAUUUGAUAGAGAAUAUACAGCCUGAUUUCAAUUUGUUAUCUACAAGAAUGAAUCCCCCUAUGGAACAUUAUGAGAAUAGUGGUAGUCUAUAAUUUCGUUUUAGGAAAAUUAUUUGAAAUAUUAUAAAUUUUAUAAACAAUUUAAUCUAGUACUUUCCUUGAUAGAUGAGCUAAGUCAAGGUAUGAUUUGAAGUGUAGUUUUAAAGAGCAUUUGAUGUGUUAUUGUAACAUACUUUUACUUUGUUGUGUUUUGUUAUUCGGGGCUUUUCCAUCAAGUUUUGGUAUAAAUAUCUGUAAAAAGAGCAUUUAGUUGGUUUGUAAA